UUAUUGCCAUAUUUCUCAACAUCAAACUCAAUACUUUCCUCUCUUCUCUCUAGCCAUAUUAUAUUAUAUAAUAAACACUUUUCUGUUUCCAUUCAUUAUUGAUCUAGCACAUUAACCAUGUCACCAACAAAUUGGACAAUUUUGGUCAUUUUGUCUUGUGCCAUCUCAUUUACCUUUGCUUCUGAUCCUGAUACACUUCAAGACCUUUGUGUAGCUCUUCCCUCUUCAGGUGUUAAGGUGAAUGGAUUUGCCUGCAAAGCUGAAACAAAUGUAACAGAAGCUGAUUUCUUUUUUGGUGGUUUAUCCAAACCUGGAAUUAUCAACAACACAUUAGGAUCUUUGGUUACUGCAGCCAAUGUUGAAAAAGUUCCAGGACUCAACACAUUAGGUGUGUCUUUAUCAAGAAUAGACUACAAACCUAGUGGUCUUAAUCCACCACACACACACCCUCGUGCUACAGAAAUUGUUUUUGUCCUAGAAGGUGAAUUAGACGUUGGUUUUAUCACUACAUCAAAUAAACUCAUUUCUAAGUCCAUAAAAAAAGGUGAAAUAUUUGUGUUCCCAAAAGGGUUGGUUCAUUAUCAGAAGAAUAAUGGAGAUAAAGCUGCUUCUGUCAUUUCUGCUUUUAACAGUCAACUUCCUGGUACUUUUUCAAUUGCUUCAGCUCUGUUUGCAUCAACACCAACUGUGCCUGAUGAUGUUCUUGCUCAAGCUUUUCAAAUUGAUUCUAAAGAGGUUGACACAAUUAAGACCAAACUUGCUCCUAAGAAGACUUAAUUUAAUUUAUGAUAUUCAAGUUUCUUUGUUUUCAACCAGCUUUUUCUGGUAUUUUGCUAUAAUAAUUCUUUUGAAAGGUUUUGAUGAUUAUUAUUGUACUUGUACCAUUUAUGGUGUUGCGUUUUGCUUCUUGAUAUAGAAUUGAGUGUAAAAUAAAUGUAUCGAAGAUUAUAGUACGUGUUGAUAAUAAUGCAAAUUCUAUAUGAAGUAGAAUGUGUCACAUUUUAUGUGGAAUAUAUGGUUUCAUUUCUUUUGUCUGUGGUUAA